CUUCUUUUUUUAAAAUUGUAUGGAGAGACUGCGGCGCGAGAUUUGACCUCCGACUAAGAUGAUUGAUUGUAGCGAAGAAAAACAGUUUGUGGUAGAAGGUACAAGCUGUACCUUGUUUGAUGAUCGGGAAAAAGCUCUUGAAGUUGAUGGGGAAAAACUACUAAUACCAUGGUGUGGUGACAAAUCAAUUUUGAUUGAUAGGUCAGGCUCUGUUAUUCAUAACAUUAUUCGUAUAAUUUGCAAAUAAUUAUGUAGUUGUGCAUCCUGACUUAUUUUUCAGAUGGUGAGGUAACGUUUUCCUUUUUUGGAUGUUAGAUGUUUCAUGUCAGUUUCUUUUACGUCGACCUAAAUAUUCUACAGAUCAAUCGAUAGUAGGCGAGCAUUACCUCAACAAGUUGCUCAUAUUUAAUAUGAGACAUACCAAGGCAAUUGCCUAGCUGAAUUUUGGAAGCUGAUUGUGCUGUGGGAUAGAGUUUAUCCAGAGUAUAUGUGAGGGGUUAUUGCAUAGAACUUGUAACACCCUCAUGAGGUGGCUUCGGAGUGAAUGAUAAGCACAUGGUUCAUAACACACUCUGACUUCUUAAAGGUUUGAGUCAAAUGUACAUAUAAUUGCAGAAAUAACUUCUAUCAAGCCAUUUCAGUCUCCAGUAAUAAGGACAGUAGGUUAAUGAACCUGUGUUAAUCCUGACAGUUUGCAUUCCAUUGAAGGUCUGGCUUCUCUUUAAAAAUGUCCGCUGAUGGGGCUAAUACCACUUGUUCGGGUAAGGCGUUCCAGUCAUUGAACACCCGAUGAGAAAAACGGAACCCCGCUUCAAGUUUAUUAGAUCGCAGUUUGUGAACCUUCUUGUCAUGACCUCGGAGAUUAUUAGCGCUUGAGAGAGCAAAAUGAUAAGAAAUUAACUCCAAAGUCGUAAUUGAAGAUACGAAGUGCGAAUACAAAGUCACCUCGCGUCUUACGAUACGACAAGGGAAAAAGUUUUAGGCAUUUCAAACACUCAUCGUAAGGGAGUUCAGAAAAACCCUUCACAAAUUUUGUUUCCACACGCUGAAUACACCCAAGUGAGUUAGUAUCCUUAAUCAGACAUGGGCCAGCUGCUUGUAUACAGUUCUCUAUGGGCUUUCCUUAUGUACUUAAGAGGUGGUCAGCUAUUGUGUAAAAUAUGCAAGAUUACUAAAAAAUAACAUAAAUCUUCCUCACACUUUAGCUGCUGUAACUUUCGUUCUUGCUAUCAGUUUGAGCUCGUCUGAGUAGCCCUAAAACGUGUUUUUGUAUUUCGUAACACCCAAGCCACGCCCUUCGCUUACAAAAAGACUGGAUGACAUCAAAGAUGAAACGGUAAUCUUGGAAACAUCGUUUUUCACCCUACAUUUUUUGUCCAAUAUCAUGAUCUCUCUACCAAAAAGAAUUUACUAAACAAAAGCAUGGCUUUAAUUUAUACGUAAAUGUUGCUAAAAGCGAAAAACUAUCACGGUCGGGGUUUAUUGUGGACUUUUGAUCGUUUGAAAUCCUUCGUCAACUUGCACCCCCAGUUGUACAGGCGAGAUAUCCAUCUCCCAAUCAAGAGAAAAAUAUAAUUCUCAGUAUUCCAUUAUUUUAGUUUAUGGUUGUGAAGCUUGGCCUCGAAAAGUAGAGGGUAAUCGUAGGUUACUAGUAUUUGGUCAUAGGUGUCUUCAAAGUAUCGCCCACGUAUUGUAGAACGACGAAGUGAACAAUACUAAGGUUAGGGAUAGAAUAGUAGACAAAUUCAGUGAGUCGUUUGACAAAGGUGAGUCAUUAUCAACUAGGACACCCAUUGCGUACAUUCACUCACAUCCUACUCCAAGGUGGAACGCUGACUGGCGUAUAAGUAAGAUGGGAGAAAGCUAAUGGUGGUCAAACGAAGAUGUAUCAGUCUUUGGAAUUAUUGACUGUUGGGUUGAAUUAUUUCAUUAGAUUCAGAUUACCUGAUUGGAGUCCGCUCAAGGACCGUAAUCUGUGACAGGGGAUGUAAGGCUGUAAAGAGCGAAAUUUUCAGCAUUAGUGUAGAUUGUCAAUGAUACUUUUGCUACUACUUCACUAGUUCUCACCGCUCUAGUAUUAUCUUGGUGUUUCAAACUACCCUUGGGCAUGUUUGUUCCAUGCUUUGCGUUGCUUUUGACUGACUGGUUAGAACUCUGUUGUCAGUCAAGCUAUUUAGGUGUCAGUUCGCGCAUUAGGUAGUACAAUCAUGCUUACAUUCAGAACUAUUGUCUUUCAACUUUUACGGAUAUAUUCUUGUGCAAACAGUCCACUUAUGUCGUUUUAUCAGUAUAGGGGCUGUGGAGAUUAUUAGAUUUUCGAUUGAGAUCAUGAACCGAUUAGUGUUAGACCACCACUGAAAACCUGAAAGCACUGGACGGCCGUUUUGUCCUAUUGCGGGACUCUCCAGCAGUGCUCAUCCACGAUCCCGCUCGCCCUGGGUUCGAAUGCUGCGAGCGGGAUUGUGGAUAGGCACUGCUAAAGAGUCCCACAAUAUGUCGUUUUAAAUGUAACGAUGCUCUUUAACCAUUUGUCGUUGGAUUUAUACUCUGUUCAUGUAAUUAUUCAUCUCAGUAAAAAUGUUCAAAUUUAGUCUUAGUAUCAAAAUAUUAAAUUUAGAUGGUAUUAUAGAUAUUUCAGUGUGUUGAUUAUCUGUUAUAUUAAAAAAUUCCUCUAUCCUUGUGAUUUCAGUUUUGGCGUUACUUGGUCUUUGAUUUUAAGGAAGUGUGUCACGUAACAUAUGUAUAUAUAUCUUAAUGUAUACUAGGCUUUCAGGCUUUAGGGUAACUCAUGUUUUCACAAAUUACACUAUUUGUCUUAUAUAACUCUGAAAAUUCUUUAACCUCGUACUAAUUCACUAGUAGACAUGAUUAUAUGGGUGUUUAGCUUGAAUCUCUGCAAAAAUCUUAGCAAAUAUAAAUAUAGCAAUUGAAAGUAGAACAUACAUAAUGUCUUCCAACAAAACAUUUAUGUACUGAAUUAUCGUUAAAAUUCAUAUCUUUUAAUAAUCAAAUUUAGGACAGCCUCAAGGUGUCAGUGUUUGUAGCGAUAAACGGUCUUUCUAUAAAACUGUGGUUAGUGAAAUCUCGGUUUACAUUUUUGUUUUGAUCCCUUAACCACCUACGUUAUAAUUCUAUUCAAUUUUGGCUUAAAUAUAUAAGUGAUGUCUCCCCCUUGCAUAAUAACUGUCGCUCAAGCCUUAUUAUAUGAACCUGCCGCUAGUUGCUUAGUUUCAUCGAACGAUUAGUUUUUCAUAUUGUCUGCCAAGUCGAUCACAAGUAUUAACUUGUAUCAGUUUGCUUACUUCACUUAUUCACCAGUACUAAAGGUUCUCAAAUUGACUCUGAGAAUGUAUAUGUUAAAAUACCUGGGGAGUGUCUUCUAGUCAUUGUUUAUAUAAGAUAUAGUGAAUGAUCGAGCAACUUCCGCGUUACUUUGGGUUAGCUUAUAUGGUUGUCAACUUCAUGUAACCAGUGUCCACGUGCCAUGUAUGUAUAGCGAUCUCUUUCAACAUGUUCUUUAGUUUCAAAUCAGCCUAAUGUUUAAUUUAUCUAUCGUUUUUAUUUAUCUCACUUGAUGGGAUGACAAACGUAUUAACAAUAUUAUCACUAAGUAGCCCAAAAUUUACAUAAAGUUUUCAGUACUACAGUUAUCUAAUUCCUCAAAUUAUUACGUUUUAUCUCAAUUUUGUCAUCAACUGACUUUUAUUUCGCUACCUUCAGGUUCGAUGGACGUGGGUAUCUCACUGAUUUUUAUGAGGAAGAUCCUAAUUGCGAUUUAAGUCCUGACGAUCACUUGUCUGAAGAAGAGAUUGCAAUAGAAAAGAUGUGUGAUUUCGAACGUUAUUUGGAAAUGCAAGUGGACGUCCAUGAACUCGCAAUUCAAGAUGGUGAGUUUACUUUUGUAUUUGUGUUUUGAUGUAUUCUGCAAUACCACCCUUGCUGAUUGUUAAUGUGCUCUUAGCUUUUGAGUCAACACAUCUUUGGUAAACGUAUGUUGACAACUUCGUCUCACGUGGUUGUUUUUGGAGUGGGACAUGCGAUUCGAGCCUGAUGAGGCUAUGGGAAUAAGUAUACUUUCAAUAAGAAGCUCGAAAACGUGAAGCUGAACGAUCUCGCAACGACUAUGGAGCCGUUAGCUUCUCUUAUGAUGAAAAUGCUUCCCGACCAAAUGGCGACGAAUCAUACGCUAACAAGGGAUCAAGUAAGUAAUUGUUAUUUUAUAGAAAUUGGUAUUUUAUGUUGAAUUGGAAUAUAUGUUUGUCAAUGAAACUUAUUUUCCAGCUUACUUAAUUAUUUACUCGGAUUAUUACUAUCUGUUAACUGCUAUGCAAGAAUAAUCCGCAUGACUUGUUAAUAUUUGAAUACUAUUGUCAACCAUUUAAUGAAGAUGACUUUACUGGCAGUUCAAUUUCAAAUAAUUAAUGAACUCUCAAAUUAUCGUAUUUAGAAAAUGACAAGUUUUGGGGAUUAAUGUCCAGUGUAUCACAUCAUAAUUACUCGCUACCUUCUGUUACAGAUCCUGUCUAGUCCUUUAAUUUUGUAGAUCCAAACUAACUGCCAAAAACUCUAGUUCGUCGCUCUACUUUGACCUUAUCAACUUCCUAUUGUUUAACAUUCUACUUAACGUCUAGUCAACAAAUGAGCUGGUAAGAACAUCUGACAAAUAUAUGCCAAAAAUCCUUUAAGUUGCAUGAACAUUUUAUAUGAUAUGGUUGCUUCCAGAGUUUUUCACUCAAUUGCAAUAGUAGAUUCAAAUCGAUCUGAUUGGUUAGUUGCCUUAAUAUGAGGGCGGCAUAAACUGACGAAGAUUCAUGAAUGUUGGGUUGUUAACAGAUUAUUUCACAAAAGUAAAUAGUCACUUUCUGCAAUCUCUUUUUUCUAAACUAGCUGAGCCUGGGAAUAAUGAACAGCACUCUGAAGAGCCAUAUAACUGUCCUCCUGAGCUACAACAACUCUUGUCGAAUUUCCAACUUCCGGAAUCCGAUAAACAAGCUCACAUCAUUGAAAAAACUGCUGUUUUCGUCUCUCGACAAGGAAGUCAAAUGGAAAUAGUUCUUAAAGCUAAACAAAAUAAAAAUCCACUGUUUGGCUUUUUGACCUAUGACCACCCACUUAAUCCCUUCUACAAGGAGAUUGUGAGGUUAAUUUCCCAAGGUCGGUACGUUCCGAAACCUCGUCAGACUACAGAUAAACCAACUGGGACACUCUUUACAAGUUCGGACGAGUCAAACAAGGUAAGUGUCAAGUUUUUUGAGUUUCCAGAUCGUUAUAAUUACCUCACUUAGUAGUGUUAAGUGCUGUUUCUUUGGUAUGACCUUUUUACACGUGGUCACAAUUCUUACUGCAUCAGUUUUAUGUAUCAUCUAAUGAGCUCCACGUUGCUGUGUGAAAUAUUCGUUUUAUGCAUUCUCUAAAUAUUGCUGUCACAUUUUUUAGAAGAAAUAGGAUAGUUUAAACGAGGAAUGUAAGCUGUUUUUUUAGGUUUGUAAGUAAUUAUCCACUUAACACCAGGUAUCUUCAGGUUUAAAGCUUAUCUACACCCAGUCAUGGUUAUCUUGCAAACAGUUUUAUGCAUUCGGAACUUACCUCCGUUAUGUGUAAAUAUUCAUUAUUAAGAUUAUACAUACCUCCAUUUUCCGUUGUUUUCAGUCAAUUCAUGAAGAUGUUUACGAGUUGAAGCUACCAAAGGUGGACAUUUCAAAUACAUCAUAUGCUCCACUAAUAUCCAAGUUCAAGAAAAUUAAUGAAAUGUAAGUUCAGUGAUACGAUAAUUUUCGGAUUUGAACUAAAAUACCAACUUCCUUUUAACGAAUGUUGUUACUUUGGUUCUUAUUGUGGAUUGCAGUCUACUAAAUUAUUUUGUUUAUACAAAGUAAUGAUUUAAAUUCACCACGAACUUUCGUGAUUCCUAAUUAUUUAUUAAAGGAAUGGGAUUCUUGCUUCAUAUAACAAGUGAAUGCUUUUAUUUCUCUGUUUACACGGUAAAUUCAUAGAAAUCCAGAUUACUCAGAAUUCUAAUUUCAGAAAUAAAACCAUCGGUAUAUAUAAUAUUAAUUGGUGGCUUAACCAUGGGGAAUAUUUACAGUGUUCAAGUAAAUGUACUGCAUACGCAAAAAAUAUUCAAAUAAUUCACUCUGAUUUUACAGAUUAUAUUGUAACCUGGUGAAACCGUCGAAUAGGUUAUACAGAGGUUAGAGAUAGGUUACAGCAUAGCAAUAAUAAGUCCACUGAUGAGCACGUUCAUUGACUGACAUGGUUGAGACCCCAAUAUAAUAUGCUACCUAGCACAAAUGAAUUAGGAAAAGCUCAGUUCAUAGAGUUGUCAUAUGUUGAAGAGAGAUAGGCAAUUUGGAAGUGAGGUCAACGAAAUGAUCUUAAUCUAUGAUUAGAUUAAUUGGGUGUUGCCUUCAAAUUGGUCUCAAUAAUGAAACUAUCAUCCUUUCCUUAUGUUUCUUUAAACUCCAAUUCUCAAUAGUUCCCUAUACAUUUGAACCCUCGAAGUUUAUUUGUUCUUUUCGAUCUUAACUGUCUACAUUGGUUGUUGUUUUACUAUCUACAAUAUCACUGUGAUUUUGUUGAUUUCAUCAUACCCUGCUUUUGUGAAGUGCAGCAUCCCAAGUUGAUGCACAUUUGUUCGGAAGCCUAAUUCGUUUAUAACUAUUUGGGAGAUAAGGAUGUGAUCAAACAUGAGACUUAGAUUUCUUCGGUAUGUUCGUAACAUUCGUUUGAUUAGGGGUUGGUUGAUGGAUACAUCUUAGUAUAGUUGUGUGUCUUUUGCAGAAUCUGAUAUAAUUAUAGCAAAUAAGUACUUUGGCUUCGCUGUAUAUUUAGGGUAGUAGAGAGUCAGCUAAAAAUGAUUUGCUUUUUAACAAUAAUGAACUGUGAAAUAUGCGUUUGUGUCUGAUUAUUCUCAGCUAUCAGUCUUCACAACAUUUUUUGAAACUCAGAUGUAAGCAUAGUUUACGGUCGUUCACUAGUGUCUUAUAGUUUAUCUAUAACAUGUUCGUUGCACAAAAUUGUGUACUUAUUCCUUUGUAGUAUGACGUAAGGUCUUAAGAUUCAUUGUUAAUUUAGUUUAUUAGACACAUUCAUCGUAUGUCUUCAUAGAUUUAUUACUCGCUGUAUGUUUAGUGUUCUCUUCUGCGCUAUCGUCUUAUUUGAAGUUACAGCUUCACUACUAUCAAACUGUUGCUAGAUUUCUGUUUUCUUUUAGUAGUCAGAGUUUUGAAUUUUAAUGGACUAGUUACAAACCAGCGUAACAGCAAUGAUACUCCUGACAGUAACCAAUGUAGCUUGUGAAAUUUGUUCAGAUUUGAGCUGUUAUUAUCGAGCUGUCGCUCAAUUCCGGUUAUUUUGCAAUGUAUGCAUAAAAUAGGUAGUUUUCAAAUUUACUUAAAAUACUGCUUAAGUUUUGAUGUUUAUUGUACCAUUACAGGGCUGCAGCUGUCGCAGCUGCAAAUCGUGUUACCCCUGUUUCUGAUAUCCAGUCUUCUAUCGCUACUCCUGAGGUAUUGACUGAAACAGAACGUCCUCUUUACGAUCCUAGUGAGGUUGAAAAUAACUCUUUGGACAGCCUUAAAGACAAUAAUAAACCGUUGGAUUCAGAAAAGACGAAGACUCCCUCACCACAAUCUGAAGUCCAAGCCGACGUUUCUGCUACUAAUGAAAGCCUUGCUGAUGUUCCAGUAGUUGGGAAAGACAAUGUGAUAUCAGAAUUAGUAGAUCCUUUGUCUCCAGAAGAGUAUGAACGUAUUUACCAGGAGUAUUAUAAACACUACUAUGCUCAUUAUUACACACAUUAUUCUAACCAGUGGGCUUUAUCUGAGUAUGUCAAUGAUGAAAGUUUCAAUAUUGUACAAGAAGCAGCUAAGGCAGCCGCUAUAGCAGCUGCGGCUGCAGUCAAUGUUGUCCAACAAACACGUUUAAAAGCUAGUGCUCCAGUAAUGUUCGAGUAAGUUUUUCUCUUGCUAUUAUUAAUAAUAUUGUUAUUUUAAUCAGCAGUAAUCGUGGAAAUAGUAAUAUACACUUAUAAUUCAUAGUGUACUUGCUUGCUCUAGUAUUUUUGUGUUAAGAUCACUCAAUACAGCUAUAUAUUUUUCAGCUGUAUUUGAUGCAUUUUUCUUCAUCGUGUUAAUGUCCUGAUAGUUGAGUUUUAUGCUUUAAUAUAUAUAUGUAUAUCGAAAUCUUGUUAAUUCUUCAGAUUUAUAGUAAGUUCAUAUAUUCUUUCCUUCUGCAAUAGUCAAGCAAUUUUCCUCAAGUAUUGUAAGAAAGAAAGAGAGACAAACUGGACAGUAUCCAACCUCGCACAAUAAUGGCUGAGUUCAAGAUCUCAUAUUUUUUAACUCCAUAACGAUACGAUCAACAGACUCAAAAAACUUAAAAUUGAUCGGAUAUAUGGCGUAGUUAUACAGGACGCAGAUGAAUACAGAACAACUUGGUGUUCAAGUUUUCUUAGAGGGAGGAUGAAGUAAUUGAUCUCCAUCUUUAAAAUCUGGUUUUCAUUAUACCAUCGAAGGUCUCUAAGCAUUGUUGUCUAGGAUGUAGUAACUUUUAACUAUAAACUCAGCAAUUUACUUACGUUUUAUAUCGCUUACUCUACUGAUCAGUUACAUGUCAUAAUGAGUUUUCUUAACCACACUAGCUAUUCUGAACAGAUCCUAGUUUGUCAUAUGCACCAGCGCAAUUAAUUUAGUUGAUUCAAAUUCAUUACUUCAUCAACUAACUUAUCUUUUGUGAUUUGAACAGUGUUACUCCACUAUUUCUAUCUAGUUAAAUGUAAAAAAAACAUAGGCAGUAUUUCGAGGAAACCUAAAGAUUAUCACUUGUCGAUCUUUUCACGUUAUUACUUUUUGAAGGAUAAGAAAAUAAACAGGAUUACUUUGUUUAUUCUGAGGUACAUGCCCGUAUAACGAUGUGUCGUCGAUUGUCAACACUCACCGUACAGUCUUAAGGUUGACUGAAAUCUUUUUUAACUCAUUUCUUCAGUAUUGUAAUGCAGAUUAGAAGUAAAUCAUGUUCACAAGACUAUAGAUUAGUACUAAAAAAUCACGGUGAAAUUCAGCAACAAUAUAAAAACUUAUAUACGAUAUUAUAAAUAUGUUCCGGGAAUAAUUGCAGAAUGCCUGCCGAUUUAUAAGUGUGAUCCGGCUUCUGAAAAAAAAUUGAAUUUUAAAAUUGACAUUAACUCUGAAACUACCGUCAGGAAGAAGCGCUGGAAGUGGAUAGGACACACAUUGCGGAAAGCAUCCAACUGCGUCACUAGACAAGCCCUCACAUGGAAUCCUCAAGGCCAAAGGAAAAGAGGAAGACCAAAGAACACAUUACGCCGGGAAAUGGAGAUAGACAUGAGAAAAAUAAACAAGAAUUGAAUGGAACUAGAAAAGAAGGCCCAGGACGGAGUGGGUUGGAGAAUACUGGUCGGCGGCCUAUGCUCCAUUGGGAGUAACAGGAGUAAGUAAGUAACAUUAUAAUCAUAGUAUGUGUAAAAGUGGUGGAUUAUAUAUAUAUAUAUAUAUAUCACAUUGCUUUUGUACCCUAUAACUACGGCAUUCCUGUUUUGAUAUUCUUUGCAGACCUCCACUUAAUGAUGAACAGCGUGGUAUUAUAAAUAAAAUGGCAGAAUAUGUUGUUCGUAAUGGUUUAGAAUUUGAAGAACUGGUCAUUCGACAAAAAAGCAAAGAUCCACGAUUUGGAUUUCUGAAAUCAGAUCAUCCUUUACAUUCAUAUUACAUGGCUAAAAGAAAAGAACUAGACCCUGAUGAUAGCUUGACUAAAGCUGCAGACUCCAAUUUUGGUAAUAUACCUCCUUCAAAAUCAUUUAAAGUAAGCUCGUCAAAAAAAUUGGAUUCAAAUGAAAAGCCUGAAACAAUGUUUCAAGAUAAUAAAACGAAAAAUGGUUCUCUUAGUAAGUAGUUUGGAUGGUAAUUAGUAUUUAUUUCUCUGUAAACAUGGUACAAACUUUUAUGAACAUUCACAUAUCCUCAAUUUAAAAAAGUCUUUUGGUCUAAUCGCUUGUUCAACGUUUUGCGUUAUAAAAAUGAAAAAUACAUCUAUUUUAAAUAAUUUGUAAUUAUAGUUUCUCAUUAUUAAAUUCCCCUAUCCAAAUCUCUUUUGACUAUUCUGACUACAAUAUGAAUCUUGAGUAUGUACAGGCGUUCAUUACUAGAGGAGUUCCUUCCAGUUGUAUUUUUAUGCAGCGAAUAUUUCAAGGUCUUGAACUCGUUUAUCCUACAUUCUUUGUGGUUAAUGGAUUUACUAUCAUAAGGGAAAUAUACAUAAACUCCAAUUUAGUUGGUCUUACUAAUACUUACUAUAAAUAAAUGCUGAAUAAUACGUUUACCGUUGCUAUAAUCGAAAAUACAACGCGCCAUACUUGGAUAUUUAUGGAGCAGUUUAUUUUAGCAUCAAGGGAGACUUAACUUCGUUUCUCUUUAGUUUCCAUAUGAAGCUUAAAGUUUUCAAAUUGCCAAUUUAGAUUGUAGUGUAGUACUUGAGACACAAGAGGUUUUCUAAUACUUUAGUUUUCUAUUCGAUAAUUUCUAUUGUAAAAUAAUGCACUAUUUUGCAGGGUUUCAAUGUUUUUCUCAGUUGCAACAUUUCUGUUGCAUCUCGUUGAUGUAAGAAUUUAUUGCAAUAUUGUUCUCAAUCAACCAAUAAAUUAGCUUAUGUACCAAACCGUCAUAUAUUUGAAGUUAAACGUUAAUUUCACUCUUUAUGACUUCCGCGUCUACGCAUCAGUUUAGUUUUCCAUGAUCAGCAAUCUAGCUAAUUCAAAGUCAUUUCCACUGAGUUGCUCUACUUACAGCUUUUUUGUUUAGGGUUAUGAAUUCAUACUUGUCCUAUAUAUUUCUGUAUAACUUGUUCUAACAUUUCUUUUACAGAAAAUCCUCAGUCUCAUGAUUCCCAUAAAGACAAAAAAGAUGAUUUUGAAGCUUAUAAUUCAGAACGUCAAACUGGCAUCAGUUUCCGAUUAGCUCGCCCGAUUCCACCAAAGUCUCAGUCCACUCAAAAUACAGAAACGUCGGCGGGAGAAAUUAUGGACAUAAUUGAAGCUGCUGCACUAGAGUACUCAGAAUCUGUUUCCAAAAGUUUAAGACGGACUAACGAACAACUUAAUAGGUUAUUGAGUCAUUCGAAAAGUGACAGUCAGUCAAAAUCACGGAAGAGAAAAACUCGAUCUCCAAAAAUUUGUGUUAUACCUGGUAUUCCCAGUCCUAGUUCAUCGUCUUCCUCGGAAUCUUCUCCACCUCAAGUUGAAAGUCCAUACUCUUACACAAAUCGUUCUAGUGGAGCUUCAAAUUCGAAUUCUGUUUGUACAUCACCCUCCAUAUCCGUUGAGCGAAAUGAAAGAAAUAAACAAGUGCAUAACAUUCAGUCUCCUGUUCAGUCUAUCUGUAACAUCACUUCACCCUAUGAUAAUAAUUUGUGUUCUCCUGUGGAGUCGAUAUCUAAUUCAAGCUCACAUUUAACCUCCAACUGGCCUUCAUGUGCUCUUGAAGAUUUAUUAGGUAAACACAGUCUUUGUUCUUGGUCUAUAUUUGCAUACAAUAAGUUUCCGUUAUUUAGUUUCAUUAAAGCAUACUUUUUAAUUUGAUAUAACGUACUUUACAAACAAGUUUGCUGAAUUAUUAUGUUCAUUCUCUCCAAAUGAUAGAUAUACAUGAACCUACAAGUCUUUUAGACUUCUCUGCCGAUGGUUAUCAAGUUACGGUCCCCACAGCUAAAGAAGAGCGUCUGCGUGAGGAAAGGCGUAAAAAAGCUGCCCAAUUGGUUACCCAGUUGAAAUUAACUAAUUCUAUCACAAAAGGAAGUAUAAAUACUAGUACAACUAUCUCCAAAUCUUCGACAGUUAAUACCACAUCAACGACGGCUAAUCGGUAUCGUUCGUCACCUCCACCAGCUCCUGAUUCAGUCCCUGCAGCCGUCGCACAUGCUGUAGUUGCUAACAUGAAACGUCGUCGAGAAGCUUUGGAAAUCGAGAACAAAGUAUGUUAAUGCUUUUGACUUUUUAAAUAUGUGAAUACCCUAUUAGUCAAGGGUUCUUUUCGCUUUAACGGUGCAAUGAUACUCCAAUACAUUUUGUUAUUAUUUCAAUCUGUUCAUUUAUAAAGACGCUAUUGUAAUGCACGAAUUUUACCUCGUUUGUAGGCUCGUAGAAGGCGCCAUCGUUCACCACCAGCUGCUUAUGCAUUUGCGCGUAAUCGAAUCUCUGACAGAUCUCCACGGAGGUCACCAACUCCUAGGUGUGAUUCUUAUGAUCGUGAGGACCCAAGAGAUCGGGACGAUCAUCAUUCAAAAUCCAAGAAAAAACAUAAAAAAUCUCAUUACUAAUCACAUCGUAAAGACACAUUAUUGUAAACAAGUGUACAUAUUUAUAUUAUAUUGUGAUCUUGUAUUAUUAAGCAGAAAUGUGAUUCAUUCGAACAAGGUUUUAAUUCGUUGUUCCUUUCCACAGUUUUGAGCAGCUGGAAAAAGUUCUCUAUCAGCCACAAGAGAUUUUCGAAACUAUAAUUGUAAUGUAAUUUAUAUUUAAGUGUCUGAUUUGUAUGAUAUGUGUAACCUUGAUAAAAUUUGAUACUGAACGACCUAGAUUUGUAAUAAUUACCAGUUUAUAUUCACAUUUCAUAUAUUCUAGCACGUGAAUAACAACGUUUAUCCACUGACAAGUUGCUUUUAUUGCUUAAAUUUUUUUAAAUUGUUUAGCUACCGAGCAUAUAAAUAAGAUUUGAAUUUUUAGGCCACCAUUAUUAUAAUUUUAGUUGAUUCCCUUCAACAACAGUUUAUUGUGUCGAAGGGGAGUAUCCACAGAAAGGUCUGAAUAAUCGUCCCAUUUGGCGUCCGUUGAUAAUGAGUAUAGACCAUUUGGAUUUAUGUAACAUUUGUUAAAUCUCAUUAGAAAAUAUUCCUGGUUUACAACGGGAGAAUAUUAUUAGAUUCUGUGUACUUGUCGUUAGCUUGUUUCUCACGACAACUAGUUUAAACAAGUAUCUUAAUUAUUUUCUUCAGGUUUAAGUUAUUUUUACAAUCUCCGAAUUGUUAGGUUCAUUAUUUGCAUACAAUCUAUGUACCGUUUAUGGAACAAUAAUAAUUCAAUUAGGCAGCUAGAAAUUGUCACCAUAAUGUUUUACUAAAAGUGAUUAAACUAGGAUACUUAAAACAUAUCUUUACUCAUGACCACAUAAUACAAUCCAUCGUUCACUAGUAAAUCCGUUUGAAUACCGACUAUUAGAGUUUCGUUUACUGACUGAACGAUUUUCCGAUAAUGAUAGCGAGAUUGCAAAAUAGGGGUAGACCUGACAUACAAUAGUUGAAGUUUCGUCGGGAUCAUACGUUAACUAGACCCAUUUUAUUAACCCAGAGUUAGCAGUUUCAUUUUAAAAUGGUUCUAAAGAAGACAAAAGGUUUAGUUAUAAAGCAAGGUCAACAUGGAUAUAUUAAAGUGUGAGCAAUACGAUUAUUGUGUGUAGUCACUGCGUAUUCACUUUAACAGAAUAAAAGAAAGGUUUUGUUUUUUUGCUUUUUCUGCAAUCAUAAAGUUAACGUUACAAUGAAAACACUUUUUCUGCAGUAUUCUUUUGUUGCAUUGAUUGAAAAUAUCAACGGACAACUGGUUAUUCCUGGACACAUGGCCUUUUUGUGGAAAGUCUCACAUAUGCUAUCUCCAUACCUUGGAACUCGUAAUGCCAUCGGAAAUCCAUAGGGUAACGCGAGAUGCGCUAUUUUCAUGGUCAACCUUUUCUAACCUCUUUACGUUAUGAAAAGAUAGUGUCUUUGUGAAUGCUUUUUGUCUGGGAGGAACUACUACCAUCACAUCCCAGUACGGCCAGCAACAUAACUUCGUCAUCUAUAAGUUAUUGCUCUUAGUCUUAUCGUUCUUCAGCUGACCUGCCUGACAUAAUAAAACCGAUAGGAAUAAGUGUUUCAACCAAAAUAACUAUCUGGCCAUCACAAUAAGCAAACCUUACCACCAUGGUGAGGUAUCAUGUAUAGUUGCGGAGUUAUUUAUUUAAUCAGGAAUGUAAAUAUGAAAUUGUAAGAAUUUUCUGAUUGUGUUAUCGUUUAACGAUAGAUAUUAAUCUUAACAAUCUGCGUAAUUAGACCAAAAAAUAAAAGUAUACUUUAGAUUUCUAUCAAUAAAACAAGUAGUUGCCGUGAUAAACUACUGUUAUUAACCUAGUUUUAUUGAUUUUAUUUUUGAAAUGAGGUGAGUAUACAAUUUUUAUUGAUAAACUCUUUGGAAUGUGUUUUUCAAACUACACAAAAUCGAUAAUUGAGCAAAGGUGACCUACUCAUGGCUGUUAUUUUCUCAUUAGUAAUUUCUUUGUUUAUUCUAGCGGUUUUUAUAAAAAUGUUAUUUACUUAUAUCCAAAUCAUCCUCCAUCCUAAUAGUUAUGACACAAAAUUUCAAGGAUAAACCUAAUUACGAUGACCCAAUUAAUAUAUAUAAGUGAAUUGAAUCAGUUAUAUGGAAAUAGUUACAUGAGCUCUAUCCAGAGUAGGCUUUACUUUUGAGUAUUGAAAACAUUUCAAAAAGAAGUGCUUAAGUCCAUAAAGAGUGGAUUGCGUAUGUUGUUAAGAUGGGUUCAUCAAGUCUCAAAGUAUCUGUCAAAAGACUUGUUUGCCCGUCCUAUGCAUUGUCCAAUUGACAGAAAUCAAACACGACUUGGACACUAAUAUUUAAUUGGUUGGAAAAUUCUUCGUUUUAUGCGAAUAGAUAAUUUUCGGAAGCUGCUUCUCAUAUGAGAUAGAUUGAAGGACUCAAUAUCCUCCUUUUUAUUCCAAAAUAGCGAUUGGGUUGCAGGGGGUUAUUUCGUUUUGUCUUCUUCAAAAUAUUAGUUGAGACAUAGUUGCAUUUAUGCAGUUAUGAGUGCUAGUGGUGGCUUAGCAAGUGAGAUCAAUAUAUGCAUUACAAGAGUAAUAACAUAUUAUACUAGUUUGUCCUUAAAAGACCAGGUGCCAAAUACUUCAAUGUGAGCAGUUCGAAUUAAUGUGGAGCAUGACGCCACAGCUGAAGACAUUCAGUUAUCGUCUUCUGAGAAGUGCCCACAUUCGUGUGAAGACAGUACAAAUAAUGCGGAAGUUUGGUAGCUUAAUGUUGAUGUUUAGGAGUGAAACACGUUUGAUGUGUCUUAGGUGCUUUUGCACCACGUUAUUUAUUGACGCCUAUGAAGAGCUGUAGAGUGAAAGAUAUCUGUGAACAGUUACAUCCGUUUGUCCAUCAUAACUAUCUGGAUCAAAAUCUAAAGACUAGUGUAACUCAUUGUUCUAAUAAUGUAUCAGAAUAGCAGCAUGUGAAGGUCCUUCUGAAUAUUUUCAUAUUUUCCCAGUAUAAUAUACAAUAUAACAUUCCUUUCGAAUGAACGAGAUUUAGCUCGACUAUAUCUCAUUACCAGUAUUAAUCUUUAUCACUUCCUAUUCUUAUAUUUGAUAUACCGUCGGCAUUCUUUUUCACCAUAUUCUUAUUUUGUCUGGAGCAGAUUUUUUGCUAUAGUCUAGCAUAAACUUUUGAUUAUGGUUGAAAUGGGAUUUUUUGCCUAGCUUCAUUCAUUACACGAAGCAGUAUUUUUCCAUGAGUUAGUUCCAUUGCAUAUGGAAAAUUGUCCAUAAAUGAAAAUAUAAUCAAAUAGUGACGGUAACUUUUUACCAACUUUUAAAGCAACACAGUGACAGUUAACAAAUUUGAAAAUUGUUUCUAGCUAAAAAUUUAGCUCGUUCAUAUCUAGAACAUAUUUAGCACUGACAUUAUCAGUUAACUAUCAGUAGGUUUUAUAACAAAUUUAAUUAUAAGAUUAUAUAAUCAGGAAGUUACGU